GCACGAUUUCAGUUCAGUUUCAGUUCCAAGCGCGACAUUGUACCGAGCGGUUGUGUUUUUUUCAAUUUCCCUCUCAACAAAGUUGAGGCAAAGUAAUACGCCAAGUUAUAUAUACAUAUAUAUUAAUCUUUUUUUUUUUCAUCUUCAAAGUGUUGUAACAAUUCUAUCGGUACAAUUCAAUCAUCGCCACACAGCAUCCCUUAAAACCAAAAGUGGAUAAAACUUUAUUUUGGAUUAAAUUUUUUCCCUUUUUUGGUUUUUUUCAUCUGGGAAUAUGAGAAGAAUUUUUCUACACUGAGGACCAGGGUCAAGUGCAAAACAUUGAACCCUAACAGAGGAAGUGUCCGCAGCUCUACUGCAUCAUUUUCGAUUAUAAAGAAACGGGAGAAAUAAAAAAAAACUGUGAUUUUUCUUUUCUUCUAUUGGAUUUCGAAAAGAAAAAGUUUCCUCUGAGAUUUUGAUUCUUUGAGUGAAUUAAGUGAAUAUUUUUUUGUUUCCGAAAAACUCUACUUUUUUACAAAUACUUUGGGAACUGGUAGUAAUUCGCAAAAGUGGAUUCCAGUUCUUUUGUGAAGUCGUGCUUAAAGGAACCUUUCAAAAUUGAUGUUCUAAGAAGGCAAAUUAUGGUGGCAGAGUUUGUCACCCGCCAGAGUGGAUCGCCCAUCAAUGGUGAGAUUGCGUACUUGAACAGCAAUAUGCCGACCAACCAUUCAAUACCACACUCGGGUCAUGGUGGACAUGGCCACGAUCCUCAUGGACCUCUACCUCCAAUGACGCAUCCCCAUCACGGGACAUCGCCAUCCCUUCAGCAACAACAGCAGCAUCAACAACAACAACAACAGCAACAAUCCCUCCAUCCACAACAAUCAAUGCAACAUCUUCCACAACAUCAGCAACAUCAACACCACGAUUCUCAAAAUCCCCAUUCCGACAAUUACAAUUCAAAUUUCGAUCUACGCAAGGAACUCUUCUCCCAGCGUAAACAACGGGAAUUCAUUCCCGACAAUAAGAAAGACGACAGUUACUGGGAUCGUCGUAGACGCAAUAACGAAGCUGCAAAACGUUCCCGCGAAAAGAGACGAUUCAAUGACAUGGUCCUCGAGCAACGUGUCAUGGAAUUAAGCAAAGAAAAUCACAUUCUCAAAGCCCAAUUGGAAGCGAUUCGCGAUAAAUUUGGCAUUUGUGGCGAGAAUGUAAUAAGCACCGAGCACGUAUUGGCCGCCCUACCGACUGAACCACCUCUUCUCAAACGAAAAUUAUCCACAUCAACAACAUUACUUUACACGAGAUCGCCAAGUCCGGUGCACACAUCCGUUAUUCAUCAGCCAGUCAGCGGUUCCAGGUCACCGAGGUCGCCAGCUCAACUCUACGUACCGGAAGCGACAGCCUACCCAGAGACCGAGAGCUUCCAAUAUCCCUACAGUACACAUCCGGCCGAUCACUUUGACACAUCAAGUGCAUUGAACUUGUCACGUGGUCGUCGCGCUCAAUCGCCGUUUGAACUCUCCUCCGGCAGCGGUGACGAGAGCUCCUCAUUGACAGUGCCACAGAAUAUGGUUGGCGCAAAUAAUUGCCUACCCCACAAAUUGAGGCAUAAAUCACGAAUCGGUGACAAGGACGCGGCGAGUGCACUCCUCGCACUCCAGGGCAUCAAACAAGAACCCGGACCAAGAGCAUCGCCACCCUGGGACAAUGAGGGCUCAAGUGACGAGCGAGACUCGGGUAUAUCCCUUGGCGCCGAAUGGACGCCAAAUGUGCCAACAGUACCCGAGAACGAGAGGGAAGUCAAAAGCAGGCUCGAUCGUUUAGCGUCCGAAGUUGCAUCACUACAAUCAAUUCUUCGCCUGGGGAAGAGUGGCGAGAAUCACGUCGUACCCCAAGUGAACGGUGGACAAACGACAAACGUCAUUAACAGUGUCCAAGUCGCGGGUCCUUGAACUCGAAUAAUGAUUCACGACAACAGUGAAUCAUUAUCAAUGGAAAAAAAUAAUGUGCGUCACUUCGCAAGAGCUUAUCCAAAGAUGCACCUCUAUAACGAGGCACAUUACCUCCUUUGAACGUGAUGCUCAGGAUCUCGUAUUCCUUCGGGCAGGGUAGACUGAAUUUUUUUGUUCCCCCAAUCGAGUCUUCUUUAAAAAAAAAAACUGUGAUUAAUUCCGAUUUCUCGAUUCUUCCCGUCUUUUUCUAAAAAGCAAAAUAGAAUCGAAAAGAAAAAAACGCAUAAUAAAGAAAAAAAUGGAGUAUUAUCCUGAGUUUUUUUCUCUUUCAAAAUCGAUUCUGAUUUUGACCCGGCAAAUUUCGUAAUUAGCUUUUAAGACCAUGUGACUUUUAAUAUUUAAGUAAAUUAUAUAUUUGUAAUGAUAUCGUCUUUUUUUGUAAAUGUUAAUUUUUGUUCGCUAUCACCAAUCGAAUGAAAUCGCUUUAUUCAGGAUUCAAAAAUUCUGUACUAAACGUCUUCAGAGUCGUAGUUUUAUUGUACAUUGUCAUUUGAAAUUUGGAAGUUUCUACGACUGUGAUUACGAGCUGUUUAGAAUUAGAGCGCGUUAGCUGGUCUAAGUUAUUCUCGACUAAUCAUUUAAAGACUGCGUCGCGCAACCGGCUAUCUCAUCACCGCCAGGUACCCUUAAAACAUUUUUUAAUUCGACUCCAAAAAAAAAAAAAAAAAAAAACACACUUGCUGGAGUCGAAUCAAAUAUUCUUUUCUAUCACUUUGCUUAAUUUCAAAUUCUCUUGUUUUCCCUUACAAAAAAACAAAAAUUUCCUUUUUGAAAAAUUUAAAUCGAGAGUCGAAGUAUUAAGAAAAAAAUGCCUAUUUUAAGUGAAUGUAUUACAUGUAGAGAACUCACACAAAAUGAUCUAUGUACCCACGCAUAUUUAUACUAUUCUCAUAAAUAUAUAUAUAUAUUUUUUCAAAUUAAUGUAUUUUUCGAUAAUGUGAAUAUAUGGACUACGAUUGAAAGUGUUAGGGCGCUAAUAGAAAAAAAAGAUGUUCCAUUUUCAAAAAACAAUUUUUGAUAACAAAAAAUGCUUUCUCGAAAAAAAUUUUUUUUAGAUAGUCUCUAGUUUGAAUUUUCUACUCUUCGAUUUUCAUUUUUUUUCCUCUAAAUUUCAAUCAGUUGAAAAAAAAUCGCUUCGUUUAAUUUUUCCUGUAUUCUAAUUUACAGAAAAAGAAAAUUUACUUCUAUUCUUUUAUAUCAAAACUUUAAUUAUAUUUUUUUAUUUUAUGUUAAAUAUACUGAUCGAAAUUCUGAGCCGAAAAAAACCCCCAGCGACCUGAUGAAUUUAAAAUCCCCAAUUCUAUAAUUAUGUAUUAUAUGUGAUAUGAAAAAAAAAAUUGUUUUCGAUUGAGAAAAAAAAUGUACGAUGUAACAAAGUAAUUUUUGACGAAAAAAAAACUAAUAAUAGCGCGUAACUCGAAUUAUUUAUUAAUUAAUUGUAUACGUAUAUAAGAAAGGAGCGUCUGUGUCGAAUGAUUAGGGAUGAUCAUGAUGACCAGCAAACACAAAAUCAUUGGUACUACUAUUACUAAUAAUAGGACUUGCGAUACAAAUAUUACACAUUGAAAUUUUAAGCUCAGAGAGAGAAAGAAACAACAAAGGGUGAUUUUUCUUCAGGUAUCUUCAAUAUUAAUUUAAUCGCGAGUAAAAUGCUCGUUUCUUUUUUUUUUUCUUUCUUUUUUUUCCCCACUUUGAAGAUAUUAAUUAAGAUUUAGUAAGAUAAUCUUUUUCAUAAGUCAAGAUCAGCCCUAUCAAGCCCAACACAAGACUGUUUAUUAUUAUCGAUGUUACAUGCGGAAGGAUCACGCAUUUUCUCCUUCCUCGUUUGUUUUUAUAUAAAUAAAGAAAUAAAUAUAUAUUAUAUAUUAUAUACAUAUAGUCCGUUCGAUUUGUACAGACACACUAAGUGUAAUAUUAUCUGCGAGUCGAGAAUCUUCGACAAGCAGUUUUUGUAAAGUCAUUUUUUUUUCUUUUCAAAUCAGAGUGAAAUUUUUCAGAAACUUCCAAUAUUCAAACAAUAUUGAUAUAAAUUAAUUUUGAUUACAUUUAUAAGUAAAAUACAAAAAAAAAACAAAAAAAAAAUAUAAACAGAUUUUUUUUCUUGUAAGAUUUUUCUUCGUUCCUUUUUUCGAAAAUAUUCCUAAGAGAAAAAAUUUUUAAAUGUUUAAUAAGAAAAAAUUCCACAUUGAAUUGUAUUUGUGGAAUAAAGCGUUAAGUGCCUCGAUAAUAAUUUCUAUAUAUAUGUAAAAAAAUAUCGCAUUUGUUGCAGAAAAAGGUUUUUGCGAAUAUUUUUUAUCAAAAAAAGGAAAAUUGAAAAAAAUCUUUACUUUAAAAAAAAAUUUGUGUGAAAAAAAAGAUGUAUCUAAACAGUGAGACAAAAGUUAGGUGUUUGAAAAUAGUUCCUAUUUCUAUUCAAUUACUGAAAAAAAACAAAAUAUAAAAAAAAAGAUGUUUGCCGUGUCUGAAUUUUCUCGAUUCCAAAUGUACAUUCGAUUUUCAUGCCCUAUCAACUGGGGUUUUAGAUUUAAGAGAUAUAUUCGCAGUGUGUAUUGUUCAUGUACGAUAUGGAUAUUGAAAUAAAUAUUUUCAAUGUUUUUCACAAUAAA